AUGCAGUCGGGCCUGGAAUUUGAUCCCGGUGCAACGCUCGGUGCUGCGACGCCGCCCGUGGCGGCUGCCGAGCCAAGCACCGAGCUUCUUCUGACCAACGAAGUUCUUCGAUCCCUUUACGGCGUCGGCGAUUGGCCGGAGCUUCCAGACGGCCAGACGUACUGCUGGGACGGCAUCCUGGAGUGGAGGCAGCGCGCGCACACGGUGGUGGAGGGGGAGGGUAUUCACGUCAAGCACUACUCCAAGGACAGCAAGGCGAAGGGGCUGAGAAUCAGUCGGGCGCGCGUGCGAGUGGCGGCGGAGAGCGAGAAGGACACGGGUUCUUGGAAGAAUCGCGGGUACCUGAAGAACACGCCGUGGAAGGAGCACACGAGCGGCCUCGUCGGCCUGGUCGUCAACCGCUGCCCUCGGAGAAACAAAGACGGCCCGGCCAUCUUCAUCUCUCCGUGCCCGAUUGACGGAGAGGGCGGCGGCUCCGUCGGCGGCGGCAGCGGCAGCGACGGUGGCGGAGGCAUAGCGGGCGGCCCGGACAUCGACGCGGGCGUCGCCGGCAGCGGCGAGGGCGGCGGCGGUGAGGGCGGAGGCGGUGAGGGCGGCGGCGGCGAGGGCGGAGGCGGCGGAGAUGGACUCGAUUGCUUCAAGUUUGACGGCGAGUACCUCGUCCUCGAGUACAACUCGUCGGCGCGGCCGCCAUUUCGGCCUUUGAGCGCAGCGCCGCCGCAGCCGGCAGCGCCGCCGCAGCCGGCAGCCGCAGCGAGCAGCGCCGCCGCAGCUGGCAAGCGCAAGGCGACAGCCUCAAAGGCGCCAGCCAAGCGCGCCCGGAGGAGCGGUGGCGGCGGCGACGGCGGCGGCGGCGGCGGCGGCGACGGCGACGGCGCGUCUUCAAACGCUCCUACUCCUCUUGCGCAUCGCCCGCCUGAACUCUCGUCGGCCACCACCAGCAUCGUGUCGUCUGGCGGGCCGCAGCAGCAGCCGUCGCUGUUGGCGACGUUCACCGUGCAGGACAAGGACCUGCUCGGUCUCCUCGCGAAGUGCUUGCGCAUCGGCAACCCGGCUCCGCUCGAGGGCAUGGUGCAGAAGCUUGAUGGGCUCGAGGGCGUGCUUUUCCUGCUGGACUCCAGCAACACGCAGUCCCUCGGGUUGUCUGAUGAGGAUAGCUGGAGGUUGCGGAAGUGGCAGGAGCAAACGGCGAAAGUUCUAACUGCCCUCGGCAGUUCGUCAGCAGAGCUCCACGCUGCUCUUCGGACGAUGUUCGACACCUACUUGUGCAAGACGCUCGAUGCCUCCGGCUUGUCGGUCGAGUGGCAGGGCAUUCGCUUCACCCUCCGGCUGGACGACGAGAAGCGGCCUCUGCCGUCCGCGCCGGAGGAGCGUGAGGCCCUGCGGGCAAGGCUCGAGGGUGCGCUCCGGCGCCUCACUGGGAUAGAGGACCUGGAGGUCACGAUCGAGGGGGGCUCGAUCCUCGUUCACUGCCGCUGCCGCGCGUCCGAGGUCCCCGCGGCGAUCCUCGCGCUGUCGGGGGGCACUCUGUGCGGGUACCCGGUCAUCGCUUUCGACGACGGCACGCCGAGCCCGCGGGUCGACAGCUACGAGUUCGACGUCCGCGCGCCGGUGCAGGCGCUGCAGGCGUUGCGAGCGCUCGUCGAGCCGGCUGGGGUGCUGAUUGGGCCGGAGCAGCCAUUGGCGCCGGAGGAGCGGGGGGGGGAGGGGGAGGGGGAGGAGAGCGAGGAGGAGAGCGAGGAGGAGGAGAGCGAGGAGGAGAGCGAGGAGGAGGAGGAGUCGGCCCUGCGCCUCCAUGUGGCCGACGUCUUUGAGAUCGUCAAGCGGUUCGGGCAGCCCGACAAGCACGGGCAACUUGACGAGUUGCAGCGGCGGUUCCUGAUUUUCAAGCUCCGGGGCGUGGCCGGCACGAACGCGCUGCGGCAAGCGCUGGCGGCGGCGGUCCUCGAGCUGCGGAGCGGGCGGGAGGAGAUGGACAUCGAGGAGGCGCCGCCGUCGCGGGAGCAUCGGCUCGGGAGCCGCAUGCACGCGGAGAUCUGGGUCGACGACAGCGGUAGCAUAGGCCCGCCGCCACCGCCCGGCUACGAGCUGCGGCUCGUGAGCGGCCCCGAGCGCGCAGACCGUCCGGCUCGCAUCCCGCUGACCACCGGCAAGGUUAUCCGCAUAUGCCGGGGCGACGGGAGCUGCAGCAGCUCCGCCGACCCGCUCACCUCGCAGACGCAGCCGGUCGCAGCCACGUUUCUCAACGCGCCAACUCUCUCUGCGUCGCCCGGCUUGGUCAGCCGCAUGCACGCGGAGAUCUGGGUCGACGACAGUGGCAGCGUGCUGCUCGCUGACGGCGGGCGCUCCUCCCUCAAGGAGAGCGCCAACGGAACAGCGGUCUGCGGCGAGCUGAUCCCUCCCCGCGCGACGUUUCCCGUUCCCGCCGGGGCAGAGGUGGAGUUCGGCGCGCCGCACCUGAAGCGCCCAGGCCGCUGCAAGCGCCCAGCGGAGUUUGUCUACCAGCUUGUGCGCACUCCCUCGUGCGUUGCAGGCCCGCCGCCACCGCCGCCGCCGCCGCGGUCGUUUGCGUAUCUUCGUCGUCUGGCGGAGGUGGGCGUUGGUAUCGGCGGAGUGGCGGGCGCUGCGGAGCACCCGGUGAGGCGAGUCCACCCGCGGAGUGAUGGCGCGGCUGGCAGAAGCACGCUGCACGAGGUGGCACCGCUCUCUUCCCUCACAGCGGCGAAGGGCGACUGGCCGCCUCGACGGCCGGAGAGGCCGGAAGCUUGGGCGUGGCCGGAGCGAGGUCUCCCCUCCGACCUCUGCGCCCUCCUCGGCUACGCGCUGCCGAGCCAGGACGACCCCCUCUCCCAGAGCCAGGGCAGCCUGGGCGGCGGCCAGGGCGGCCUGACAGAUGACGCGGUCGUCAAGAUCGAGACGAGCCGCGCGGCGGUACUGCAGGCGCUCGCACUCGCGCUCGCUUCGCUGCCGUCGCCCCCCGCGCUUCCCGACGCGGCCCUCGAGCUGCUCUGGGCCCGCGCCUUCGAGCCUCGCUUCUCGGCGGCCGCCGCCGACGCUGUCGGAGCGCUGCGCGGGGUGGGCGCAGCGUGGCUCGCGGCCGCCGCUGCCGGCUUCUGGCGGCAGCAAGCGCCGGCGAGGGCCGGCGCGCGCUUGGCCGACCCGCCUCCUCGCCGAGACGAGCGAGCGCUUCCGAGGGUGGACGCGGAGGAGGAGCGGCAGCUCGCGCUAGCCCUCGCGACCUCCAAGCAGGACGGCGGGGCGCCUCCCGCUGAGGCGCCGCCAGCGGCUGAGCCGAGUGGCGAGGCUCCAGGCGCUCUGCGAGGAGAAGGGGCUGCCGACGUCCGGCGACUCGGAGGCGCUGGCGAGGCGGCUGCGUGA